AUGUCUGCCGUACACCAACCAAAACAGCUGUUAGCCGUCGCCAUUGCAGUAAUAGUAUUUGUAUGACGAAAUGGGAGCCGAAGGACCUCCGGAGAACGCCUUUUCUAAGGCUGUGGAUACUGCCCUCGGCACAUUAGAGGCCCCUGCAAAGUGGUUCAGAGAAAACGUCAUUGAGAAGAAUCGUCCAAGUUAUCCCUGGUACCACUUUCAGUUUCGCCGUGUCCCUACAAUAGAUGAAUGCUACACUGAUGAUGUUGUCUGCUACAUUGAAGCAAAUGAGCAGUUUAAGCGAGACAGAAUGGUUGACAGUGAGGUUUUGAACAUUCUGCGUAAACGCAUGGAGGACUGUAAUUUGUAUGAAGCUCCAAAUCAUAGAGAAAAAUGUGCCCCAAUGUUACAAGCUUAUGAGAAAGCUGCAGAGAACUGGUUCAUCAAAUAUGGGGAUCUGGGCGCAUAUGGGGAUGUGAAGGAUGCUUACAUGAAACAAAAACACCGGAUGAUUUGGGAACGACGCCAUGGAUCUGUAGGGUCAGGCAUGAAAGGAGACAAUAUACACUAAGAUUUUUUACUUGUUGAUUAUUACACUACCCUGCUCAUCAGCAUCUUUUGUUACAGAAGGAAAACCAGUUGAAUUUAUUUUAUCUAUUUAGCAUGAUGUUCAUCAUGCAUUUAGGUAAAAAUGCCAGAAGCCAAUCAAUUUGGCGAGACAUUUAUGAUUUCCCAGUGAUAUGUUCAUAGUAUGAAACCGGGAUUGUAAUGAGAUGUAAAUAAAAUCAGUAUUUAUAUUAAUAA